UUUGACAAAGAAGAAUCGUCGGCGCAGAGAAAAUAAAAAAAAGUGUUUAACUUUUUCACAAUUUUGAUUCCGUACGCGACGAUUAUUUCGUUUUUGGUCCACAUUUUCAUUGAUCAACUAUUAUUUGAGCCCUAUUUGUUGAGUUUAUUUGUUGAUCGCGUGUUGUAGGUUGAUUUUUUUUAAAGUAUUGCUUGAAGCCACUACAGCUCACACAAGGAAUUCCGUUCGCAGUCAGAAAUUUCUUUUGCCUCGAGAGAUUUAGACUAAAGUGGAGAGUGAAAACAACGGAUUUGCUGUAAAAUUGGAGCAAUGAGUUUUCUAUUUCGAUCCAGCAAAACCUUCAAACCAAAAAAAAACAUUCCGGAGGGCACACAUCAAUAUGAUCUAAUGCAACAUGCUGCCGCCACCCUUGGGUCCGGUAAUCUUCGCAAUGCUGUUCAGCUGCCAGACGGAGAAGAUCUAAAUGAAUGGGUUGCCGUCAACACCGUUGAUUUUUUCAAUCAAAUUAAUAUGUUGUACGGCACUAUUACGGAAUUCUGUACCGAGGACUCAUGCAGUAUCAUGUCCGCUGGUCCAAAAUACGAGUAUCAUUGGGCCGAUGGCCAAACAGUGAAAAAACCAAUCAAGUGCAGCGCUCCCAAAUACAUCGAUUAUUUGAUGACAUGGGUUCAGGAUCAAUUGGAUGAUGAAACCUUAUUUCCAUCGAAAAUUGGAGUUCCUUUUCCGAAAAAUUUCAUUCAAAUAGCUAAAACUAUACUGAAACGUUUGUUUCGAGUUUAUGCGCACAUAUACCACCAACACUUUUCAGAAGUAGUCCGGCUGAGCGAAGAAGCACAUUUGAACACGUCGUUUAAGCAUUUUAUUUAUUUUGUUCAAGAAUUCAACUUAAUCGAUCGGCGUGAAUUAGCCCCCUUGCAGGAUUUAAUCGAUAAGCUUAUUACUAAAGAUGGCCGAUAAAUGCAAGGCGUAAGGGCUGGAAACGAGCAAACGUCAUGAACAUUAGCAAACCGUUUUUUAAAACUAGCUAUUACAAGCCAAUAAUACAGUAAUAUGAACGAUUUUUACAAUCAUCUACUCGUUUCUUCCUGAUAGGUAUAUUUUCAUAUGUUUUAAGCGUUUGUUCGUGUCCUUAGAUAUUUAAACAAAACGUCCUUAAUCUCAUCUUAUUUUAAUUAUUUAAUAUGUUAUUUUUAAAAAUCAGGUUAUAAGUUAACUAUGUUAUUUUUGUCGACCAAGCAAGUUUAAAGGUAAAUGGUAACAACAAUUUUUCCUGAUGCUUAUGUAAAUAUUGGUGUUAUACAAGCUUGAGGAAUGACUCAUAUUUACUUCAAAAGUAAAACGCUCGCAAUUACACUCUGCACAGUAAAUUGUCUUACUUAUUUGUCAGUUUAGCCAUCACGAUCAUCUGUCCAAAUUUGCGCCAUGAUUUACGCCAGUGAUAUUCAUGCCUCGUGUAAACGAAGUUCGACCAUAUCGGUAGCAAAAUUAGUUUUGCUUCUUAAAGCAUGUUGAUUUGCUGCGAUCACAAAACCUCUCCAUUUCGAUUGUCCUCAACAAAAAUGUACAAUAAAUAUAAUCAAUUCUAAGCGUUCUACGCGCAGUGGUCAUCACCACUACCCGAGACAUUAAUAUUAGCGACAUCUUCAAACAUGUAACAAUAAUAUUACAUAAUUUGAUACACGACGACUGAACAUUGAAUUGUGAGACGGAAAUAUAAAUUUGUAUAAAAUAAA